GGGAGGAGCUUUAUUAGUUGAAGAGGGAGAAGAAGAACAAGAAGAUCUAGAUUCUAGUGUUGAACAAUCAUGUUGAUGUGUGAUUCGUCUAGCUCUAUCUAAAAUUGAACGAUUUUGAUGAUUGAUGUAGUUCUUAUUUAGAAGCAAGAUGUUUUUUCAUGCGUUUAGGAACUGCGACCGGCGAUGUCGAUGCUGCAGUUGACCCUAUACUACUGAUAUCUGAGUAGAACUACAAGAGUUUGUUUCGUGAGAAGGUAAACAAUUGAAACUUUGAACGACUACACAUGGAAAUCGAAAUGGAUUGGCAUGUACAAAUGAUUCGACAAGAACAUCACUCUUCAACUACAACUUGCAUUCAUAAGUAUGAGCAUAGUACGUCUACGUGAACGUGUAGUACGACUAGCAUAUAAUACAACUACAGCUACUACAGAACUCUGUAAUUCGUACCCCCUUGGGAUACUUCGUAGAAAGGAGCAGUAGGUCUCGGUUUCAUCUUACGUUCAUCCUAAGAAAAAAUGUCUCUCUUGUGUGAUACUUGUUGGAGUGACCGCAAAGGUGAGCGACCAGUUUACCGAGGAACAUAUCCGCCACAAGCAGAUGCAUGGAGAACAUCUUACUCGGUAAUUGUGAUUAUGUGUGUGUCUUUUACCAAAGAAACCGAACGAUGGACGUCCUCGGUGUCGAGCUUACAACGAAUCUAUAGAACUUUAGUACGUUGAUGUUGAUGUUCCCAAAACAGCUGUCGUGUUAAGCUUAAUUAAGACUCCUGCUGCUGGCGACAUGGACAUGAUUUGAGUGGACAAUUGUUCUUGGCCCUGCGAAAUAUCCAGGACGAAAGAUAUCGAGGACUAGUCCUCCAUAGCUUUACAUUACUACUUACGCUAACUUCUAUUAAGAAGUCUCACUCUAUGCAAAUGCGUAGUCUCACUCUUUGAGUUUGAUCUCACGGCUUAGGGACUAGAAAAAGAAACAAGGUGGUGAGACAAAUACUUAUCUACAACACGGUGUCUUGUGGAGACGAUUGCUCCUGAUAUUGUUUGGUACAAGGACAAGAUAAGCACUCAACAUAUACUAGCACAGUUUAUAGCACGAAUGGCGAAUGGGACGAAUGGCACGAAUGGAAUGAAUGGCACACCCCAACAGACCCCAAAUGUGUCACGAAUGGCACGAAUGGC